GUUGCUUACUGUUGUGUACUUUUGUUUUUAAAAAUAAAACGACAAAGUUCUAAGUCAUAAGAAGUUUAUUAAAAGUUUUAUCUGGUAACAACUAAGUGCAUUAAAUGUUAUCUCAAUUAUUAGUGCCGUAUUAACAUCAAUAUUAGUGUUACUAAAAGUGCCUAAAGGAUAUAUUGUGGAUACUAAUUGUGGGUACCACCUAGUUCCUAAAAGUGUGUUUACCCCAUAAUCGCAAAAUUUAUCAUUUAAUAAAUCAAUAACAGCGCCAUCUAGGGAUCCCAAUAUCACAACGGACGCUAGUGACAUCUAUUACAAUCAUAGUGUACUUGCUAUCUCGGUGGUAAACUAAUUACUCUCACGAUCAUGACCAAGUGCGGUGGCUGUAAGAAAUAUAUAGCUCGGGCGGAUAUCGCCAAGUGUGCGAAAUGCACUAAAUGCGGUACCGUGUACCAUCCAUUCUGCCUUAAGGGAGGCGAGGAAGGUACCCCUAACUGGGUCUGCCCGGGAUGUGCAUCCGGGAACCAGCCGCCGGCGCCCAUCGUCGAUGCUCCCGUUGCUGAGGGGAUGGACUCCCUUGAGCUACCUGAACCGGUUGUGUCCGAUGGCCGCCACAACUCCACUGCGAAUGACACAACCGAAGAAUUCAAAGUGGAGCUCGGGCUGGAGAUCCGCCUGUUCCGCGAGGAGCUGAGCGCCGUGCGGGAGGAGAUCCGCCUGUUCCGGGCGGAGGUCAAGGACCUGAAAAGCUCAUUCUCCGCAACAGAGGAACGGCUCAGCACCCUGGACUCGAGGGUGGACGUCCUGGAGAAGCGGGUAAUGGAAGGUACGGGUUCCCGUUUAGAGUCCGUCAUCGCUGAGCUACGGUUAGAGCUCAACGAAAAGGACCAGGAGCUGCUGGGCAAUGACGUGGAGGUCAGCAACCUCCCGGAGGAGAACGGGGAGAAUGCCACCCAUAUGAUCAUGGCGGUGGCGACCAAGCUGGGCGUCACGCUCCGGGAGAGCGACAUCGUCAGCGCGGAGCGUGUGGGAGCAAGGCGCCGGGUGCCGGGCGAGGGGGGGGACGCGGGCGCGGGGGCGGCGGGCCGGCCGCGGCCGCUGGUGGUGCGCUUCACGCGGCGCGCCGUCAAGGACGAGCUCACGGCCGCGGCCCGCGUGCGCCGCGGGGCCACCUCGGCCGACCUCAGCCAGUCCUCAGCGCCGCGCCCCUUCUACGUCAACGAGAGGUUGACCAAGUACAACCGCCAAUUGUACUACCAAACGCGGGAGGUCGGGCGACGUCUGUCCUGGAGGUUUCUCUGGACCAAGAAGGGACGCAUAUACGCCCGCCAGGGACAGGACACACCUCGACACUGGAUACGGUCAGCUGAUGACAUUAGUCGUGUAUUUGGAGUCGCGUCUUAAACCGCUCGUUGAUCAUGAUAGCUGCCCCACACAUUACUAUAAAAAUUUGACCCUAACCACCUCAGUAUUAUACUUUUUAAUGAUACUUUUUUGCCUGUUUGUGUCUUUGUUAUGUGUUAUUUGUAUUACGUGCCUACUUUGUUUUGUACAGUAUGUGAAUCAUGUAUCUUGUUGUUGUACCACUUGUACCCCAGUCACUGCUCUGAUUGUGUUGCUGCCCAGAGGUCAAACUGUUCCCCAGUUCCCUAAUAUCUUUGUACAAUAUUAUCCUGUUUGUUUGAUGUUUAAAAUUUCGCUAUAUAAAACGCUAAUUACCAUGCCCACGCUCGAACGCAAAGUUACAACAUAUUAUUAUUAUAACAGUCACCGCGCACACAUCUUACAUAUUUCAAACUUAUCCUAUAUAUACAUUAUAUUAUAUAUUAUACAAACUAUCUACACUUCUAUAUGUACAGAAUGACCGGUAAAAGCAAGUCAUUAUUAGUUGGACUUUUUAACGCGGGAUCAUUGGGCACAGGGCAUGAUGAACUCAUAGCCACUGUACUGCGCUAUGAUGUCGACAUUAUGGCCAUCAACGAAACCUGGCUCAGGGAGGGGGAGAUAGACCGCGCGCCCGUCAUACCCGGCUACAAACUGCGCCACACGCCGAGACCCCCAGGUAAGCGCAUGCGAGGCGGAGGCGUAGGUAUGUAUGUGAAAACGGGUCUUAAGGUAAGAUUUCGCACACAUCCCGC